UGUAGAAGGGCAAUAUUGAAUAUUUAUCAUAUUUAAAGAAUUUUCUCUAUUUUUGUUGUUCAAAUAUUCCAUAUAAAUAAUACAAAUGGAUCUUUUAGGGUCAAUACUUGACUCUAUGGAUAAGCCACCAUCUAGAGAUGAAAAGAAAAAAGAACAGAUAAAGAAGCAACGAGAACAAGAAGAGCAAAUAAAGAAUAAACAGAGAAAAGAAUUAGAACGGUUUCGGAAGUACGCUGAAGAAAGAAUUUCUAGAUUUUUAAACGACGAACGUAAACAUUUGCAAUUUCAACCACUUGAUAGAGCAUAUCGCAGCAUAAUACACGAUAUAGCUGAAACUAGCAAACUAGUUACAAUGGGAUUCGGAGUUGAUGGAAUCGAUCGUUAUAUUGUGGUCUACAAAAAGGAGCACUUCCCACCUUCAGAUGAUGAAAUCACAGCAAGGAAAAAUGGAGAAGACUGGAAUGAGGAAACAAGUAGAAAAUACGCUAUUGAAAGAGAACUAAAUAGUAGAUUGGAUGAAGAGCAACCUCGAACAGAACAAGAUAUUGUGCCGUCUUUCAAUUAUAAAGACAAGUAUGUACAUUUAAUAGGACAAGAAGUAGCAUUAGAAGCAGCGAAGUUGACCGUUUCUAACAAAACUUACGGUUAUGUUCCUAGCGCAAAUAAAAAAGAUCAACGGUCGAUUGAGCAGACGAUGGCGGACAUUCAAGCAAAGAAAAAACAAAAAACACAACAUGAUAAUAUAUGAAAAGAAAAAAUGUUUUAAAUUUUUUAAAAGAAA